UCGAAUAUAUUCCUCCGCCGAGGAGUGAUACCAAUAUAUUGGAGCGAUCCAAUAUAGUGAAGCAUAACCACUUUCCAGAAGUUCUCUGUGUUUUUAGAGCGAUGACAAAUUGGCCCACGUGACUUAUCCUAGUGUGAAAGAGAAGAUAAACAACAUUCUCGGUUCAGAAAUGUUCCUAUCAGAACAAUACGGUGACAAUGUUAACAACACUUCAAACAAUGGCGGAGCUACAUAUUCAGGAAAAGCUGGUAAAUCUUUUAAAUCAAGGUAAUAUUCAGCUCAGGAAUCCACCUUACACAACAGAUGACAGCGAGGCAGGACAGCAAUCUCUUCAGUGAACUAUGCCCCCAUUGUGUGCAUCUCUGUGUCUGAAGUGGCCAGUGCCUUGGAGAGCCUCCGAUCCCAGGCAGUAAAGAGUGGAAUGGGGAACAAGACCUACGGAGAGACGUGUGUGGAACUCUUUCUGCCUAAAGACUUGAAAAAGCUAUGUGGGUGGGUGUGUUUGCCCUGACACAGCCUACAGAAAAUAAAGUAAUUCCACAUUGUUACCCAUUCCUUUAGUAUACCAAGAAGAAUAACUAUUUGGAGACACAACUGGAUGUCUUUGCUCAAGAUAUCAUGGAUAGGAUUACUGAACAAUAUGGACUUAAAUACAUCCAGUUAAUUUUUAAAGGGAAGACACUGACUCCUGAGAAGCGUCUGGAUGAACAGAAUGUGAAGAACAGAAGUAAGAUGAUGGUUCUGCGGGUGAGCGUGCCAGAGAGGAAGAACCAGAUGUUGGCGGUGGAGGAGGAGAAGAAAACGCAGGACCAGUGUCCAGAGAACCCAGAGGGGCUUCCAGAUCCUAUCAGAGAGAUGGCACCGAUGAUCCAGCCACGACUCCAUUCCUAGAGAUUGCUGAUCAGAAGGGGAACCCCCUGAAAAUACCUCACAGUAAAAAAAAGGUAGUCUAGACAAAGGACUAAUGAACAUAUUACCAAUAUUAUAUUCAUAACUGUCAUGGUAAGCAGUAUGAGUGGGUGGCAAGCUCACACAACUUAUGGCUUGUAUGGUUCUAGCCAUGUGUCCUGUGUGAAUUCAAACUCCACUGACUAUUUCUAAUGCUGUGUGAUUGUUGUCCUAAGGCUCUGAUUUUAGCCAUGGGGUUCCAUGAGAAAGGCCGUGCUCUGAUGAAGAGGAAACAGUAUGAAACUGCUCUGGGCCGCCUGGUGCAAGCUGACGACCAGUUUGUUAAGUGUGGCUCCAAGCUCUUGAACACAGUGGACAACUAUGCAGUACUGCAGCUGGACAUAGUGUGGUGCUACCGAGCCUUGGAGGCCCUGUCCUAUCUGGAUGACGGCAAGCGGAGGCUGCAGAUUUCCGAGGACUGCGUCCACAAUUGCUACGGAGACCAGCAGCAGAGGCUCAUGAAGAUCAAGGGAAACACCAGAGGAGAGGAGGUGCUGUUCCUCAGGCUGUACCUCCUGCAGAGCAUACUGGCGCACAUGGCUGAGGAGCUGUAUGAGCGUCUGUGUCUGGACCCAGGGGAGAUAAAAGCGCUGAAGGAUCUGGGGUUCUCUGAGCAGGAAGCCCGUCUGGGUCUGAGGGCCUGCCAUGGCAACGGAGGCGAGGCCACGCUGCACAUCUCCCAUAGGAGACAGGAGAGGGAGGAGAUGAAACAGAAGGAGAGUGAGAAGAGGAGGAUGUGUGUGGAGGGCCUGGCUACCCUCAGAGCGCUGGGUUACUCCAAGAAAGACGCUGCCUGGGCCCUCCUUCAGACAGAAGGAGACAUGGACAGAGCCUACAGGGGGAGAGACUGUCAUCGCCACUGCAAAAACACACAUUGCUUUUCAAUACGCCAUGAAGGAGGAUAUGCCAACCGUCAAAACAUGUUAUGAUAACCAGAGCCAUGAAGCAAACUUACAUAGCAUACUUUGCUAAUGUGUUUUUUUCCCUCUUUAUCCUUGUUUGCUUGUUUCCUCUAGAUGCUUCUAGAUUCUGCUGCUAGAACCAACAACACAGAGCUCCCCAUAAGUCAAUCCAAGGUUGAGCAGCUGACAUACCCAGGUUUUGAGCCGGAGGGGGCCACCCAGCUGCUGCAGGACAACCAGGUGGUCCUGCCCCCAGAACUGCUGUCCCCCUCUCCCGCCUCCUCACUGUCUGAGGAGCCCAGCACCACCUCUGAGUCCGCAGGUUCUGGGAGCCAAGGGAAGGCCCCUACGGACGUCGACCUGGUGAAUGAGGUGCUGGAGGACAUCCCUAUACACGAAGAGGACUACCUGGACCUGACCCUGGAGGAGGAGAGCGAGGUCAUAGACAAGAUGAAGUCCUACCUCUACAAGAAAUGUGCCGCCUCCAACUAAAGUACUGUCCAGCCAGCAGCCAUUUUGAAAGCACUUCCACCACCACCUAUUCCAAGGGUUUUUGAUUUGAGUCUUUUUAGGCCCCAAAUUAGGUUUGUUUUUCUCUCCUCCACAAGCAAUAUAUUGAAAAUGGUAUCUUCUGUUCUUGUACUAAAGUGUUAUUGAGUUUAAUAACACAAACAUUUGAAGCUGGUUGACUAUAAUUUGUAAGGAAAUAAACUGACAUGGUGUUACGGCUUUCUUCCGUCGAAGGAGGAGCGGACCAAAAUGCA